GUCAACAAUAAUGGCUCCUGUGACGCGUUUCUACCUAAUUAGCCUUCAAGUGAAGUCAAAGCUUGGGCAACUAAAGAGCGUGCAUGAGAGCCUCAAGCUCAGGCAGCUUGCUGGCUUCAGCAAUGGUUGCCCAGUCCCUGAUCGCCCUUCUCUUCCUCCUAUGCCUCGCCCAAGCGACAUCGCCAAUUUCCACUGCCCUACCAGGCUGCCGCACUGCCUGCGGCAACCUCACUCUCCCUUACCCGUUCGGCAUGGAGGAGGACUGCUACAUGCCGGGCUUCAAGAUGACAUGCAACGACACGUUCUAUGACCCUCCCAAGCUCUUCAUGGGCUCCGGCAACAUCGAGAUCACCCAAGUAACUCUGGACAACGUGUUCAUGGAGGGGUUGGUCGCCCGCGACUGCUACGGCGAGCUAUCGACCUCCAGUCACGUGUGGACCAACAUAGAGAACACCCCCUACACCCUCUCCUACGCCCGCAACAGGUUCACGGCCAUCGGGUGCGACACGUUAGCGCUCCUCUACCGCGCCACGCUCGUGGACUUCACAAGCGGCUGCAUCUCGCUGUGCGCCGACGACGACAGCGUCGCGAACGGCACCUGCGCCGGCAGCGGCUGCUGCCAGACCACCAUCCCGAUGGGGAUGAAGAGGUUCGACGCCUUGCUCGGCAGCGUGCAGAACCACACCACCACGAAGAGCUUUAGCCCCUGCAGUUUUGCCUUCCUGAUCGACCAGGAGCAGUUCGAGUUCAGCGUUCCGGAUUUCAUCCGUUUCCGGAGCAGGAGCACCGUGCCGAUCGUGUUGGAUUGGGCGGUGGGCAACCAGACCUGCGGCGACGCGAACAAGUCGGGAAGCAUCAUCUGUGGGCCAAAUAGCGGAUGCGUGGAUUCUGACAACGGUCCGGGGUACAAGUGCCGAUGCAACCAGGGGUACCAUGGCAAUCCGUACCUUGCUGUCGGAUGCGAAGAUAUCAAUGAGUGUGAAGAUCCAACCUCAAAUCCUUGUGUAAGCAUCUGCACCAACACUCCUGGAAGCUAUAUCUGCUCUUGCACGGAUGCCACGGCAGGUGAUGGCAAAAGAGAUGGAAGUGGAUGCAGAUCAGCAACCAAGACAUUUCCAUUGGUACAAGUCGUUCUAGGUUGUGGAUCAGGCUUCAUGUUCCUGCUGGUGAUCAGUUCCUUGAUCUACUGGGGAGUGAAGAAGAGGAGGUUGGUACAAAUGAGAGAGAAGCUGUUCGAGGAGAACGGGGGAGUGCUCUUGCAGCAGCAGAUCGCCUCGCGCGAAGGAGCAGCUCGAACUGCCAAGAUCUUCACCGCAAAGCAGCUCGCCAAGGCCACCAACAACUACAGCCAAGAUCGAGUCAUCGGCAAGGGCGGCAAUGGUACGGUCUACAAGGGGAUCCUCCCAGACAACAGCGUGGUCGCCAUUAAGAAGUCCAUGGUGUUCGACAGGAGCCAAGUGGAACAGUUCAUCAACGAAGUGGUGGUUCUCUCCCAGGUCAUGCACCGGAACGUGGUCAAGAUCUUGGGCUGCUGUUUGGAGACUCAAGUCCCGCUGCUGGUCUAUGAGUAUGUCCCCAAUGGGACACUCUCCGAUCGCCUCCACGGCCGCCGCGACUACUCCUCGCUGUCAUGGCAAGCGCGACUAAGGAUCGCCGUGGAAACUGCAGGAGUGCUCGCCUAUCUCCACUCUGCAACAGCCAGGCCGAUCAUUCACAGGGACAUCAAGUCCACCAACAUCCUCUUGGAUCAUAACUACACCGCUAAGGUGUCUGAUUUCGGCGCGUCGAGGGUGGUGCCAUUAGGUAGAGCUCAUCUGACCACGCUGGUACAGGGGACACUAGGCUAUUUGGACCCCGAGUACUUCCACGCCGGCGUGCUCACCGAGAAGAGCGACGUCUACAGCUUCGGGGUGGUGCUCGCGGAGCUGCUAACCGGGAAGCCACCGGUUUCUUCUCAGAGGUCCCGCGAGGAGCAGUUGCUGGCAAUGCACUUCAUUUCGUCCAUGGAAAGGGGCCAGCUUUUUGAGAUCCUGGAACGGCGGGUUGCCACCGAGGGUGACAGGGCGCAGCUGGAGGAAGUAGCACAGCUCGCGGAAAGAUGCUUGAGACUCACCGGGGAGGAAAGACCUUCGAUGAAGGAAGUAGCAGAGGAGCUGGAGAGGUUGAGGAGGUUUGAGAGACAUCCAUGGGCUCAGCAAUCCAGUGACGAAGGCAGUGGACGAUUGUUGGGUAUAACCGGCUAUCCAUCGGAUAUGGACUCGAUCGAUAACAUCAGCACGCCCAUCGAUUGAACUCUACUUGGUCAAUAUAUAUGUCUCAUGUUUCAUUUCCUAUAAUAACUCCUUACAUGUGUUUGUUUUAAUGUCUAUAUGAUACACUUAUGUAA